ACAAGGAGCCCAUACAACACACAGGAUAACGCCCACCGUGUUGCCAGAUUGUUUAAUCGCACUGCUAUAGAAACGUGGCUUUGUGAGUUGAAGAGUUAUAGUGGGCAUUUAUAAUGAGUUGUGGGCGUUUUGACCCGUUAUUCUGUUGGACACAGUCAACCUGAUCUGGCAAACCUGACGCCCACUAACUAAAGGAACACAGCAUUGUGCUUGUGGUCGCGCGCCCGUUACAUUAGUGCGGGUGAGUGCUUUACCGUUUUCAGUCGUUGCGUUGUUUUGAAGUAAAAAAGGGGACCAAACAGACUUCCUUUCUCCAAAGCGCACUUGUUAGUCGUUGUGAAGGAGGCGAUAGCAUGAAAUAUUAAAAGACGCAAAUUUUGAAAGUGAAACUAAGUUAAAGUUUAACGAGAACUCCAGGGUUUGCUGUCGGCAAAAUGGAGACCAUGUCAGCUGACGACCUGUUCAGUACCGAGUAUCGGCUUCUGGAGAUUUAUCAUAAAAAAAGAACGUCAAGAUUAAGCCCAAAACCCAUACGCACACUCGUCCUAAACAAAUAUCUACAACUAUCUACAGGAAUACGGACUGCUGCAGUUGCAAACACUGAUGCAUUCGUUCAAGUGGCUGAUCAACUGACUCAUAUUGUAGACAGUGUAUCUCCUGCUCAGGAUCAAGUAGUAACAGAGAGUGACAUCAUCCAGCGACUUGUAGAGUUAAUGAAAGAAUAUGGGGACAAAGUAAAUGAAAAGAUUGAGAAGGACCAGGAACUUUUAAGAUAUCUCCAAGGUUUUUUCUCCUACAACCUGUUUGAGGAACUGGCCUCAGCCUUCAUUAGCAGUGUGGUGCCCUCAGGCAAACAGAUGAAAGAGGACAAUGAUCAGAAAAUAAAGAUUGCUUGGACCUUUGAGAUGACCAGCAGGCUGAGUGCCUUGGACCUGCAGCCUAUGAACAGAGUAAUGGGAUUCGGGGCCCAAUAUGUGCACCAGCAUUUUGCACCAUGGAUUCAGCAACAUGGUGGCUGGGAGAAUGCUUUUAAAAUUGAUGAAGGUGAUGAGGUGCAGUGAUGAGUCACUGGCUGCUUUUCCAGAGACGUGUCAUGUUGUCCACAACUGCCUCCUCAAUAAACAACUUUGCGAUGCUCAAAUGAAAGAUCCUUGGGUUUUUUUUUUUCUGAUAACCUUUGAAUUUCACAGACGUUUAACAAUGGUUUGCUAUAUGAUAUGAUAUAAUAAUGAAUUCUUUCAUUCAUAUAUAUAUAUAUAUAUAUAUAUAUAUAUAUAUAUAUAUAUAUGAAAGAAUUACU